AUGUCCCUGCUGCCAAGCCCCGAGCCAAUACCUCCCUUGGAGCACAAGCCGCGACCACCCCCACUGCAACAGACUCGACGAAUUUCCCUCUCGUUUAGAAAAAUCACUCAAGCCACUGGAUGCAUCACCCACUUGGACAUCUUCGUCGGGUCGUUGACGGGGACUUCGGAGCGGUUUGCCUCGAUUCUGGCCGAGGAUGCUGCAAAAUACGGCACCGUGGUGUCUCUAAACUCGCUGGAAAGGUUUAACCCGGAAUGUUUCAACGACCCCGAAGGCCCACACCAUUCCAAGUCGCGGUUAACUGUUUUCGUUGUGUCAACACAUUUCGCUGGAGGACCAUCUCCGGAUGCUGAGGCCUUUUCGCAAUGGCUGCGAAUCAUCUCGGGCGAUUCCAGGGCGCCCACGAUUGACCCAGUUAUACCAGAGGAACCACGGCCGUCUGAGGCAACGACAAUAAUGGCACCACCCGUGAAUGACCCCUCUAAGCCCAAAAUGAGACGAUCGACGCAAAUUGUCGUUCCCACCCCCGCAGCGAAACCUCGUCGCCAAACUUCGUUCUCAGCUGCAGUGCGCCCCAUUCUCCGUAUGAACUGGCGACAAACUUUCCUCAGUAGGAAAAACUCUGCAAACGCCAGCAAACCGAAGAGUGUGAUGCAUGGCGUGCAGUACGCGGUCUUUGGCGUGGGGAACUCCAUGUAUCUCACUUACAACGCAAUGGGGAAGUUCGUCGACGCAAAAAUGCAAGUACUUGGGGCUGUACGGCUCUGCCCGCUUGGUCUGGGAGACGUAUUGGGUGACAUCGACGACACGUUUGCCAAGUGGGAAGCGCAAGUGCUCCAGCUCUUGGUGUACCAAAAACUUGGCCCUCCAGCGAACAUCGCAAUUCAAGCUCAAGCACAACGCCGAACAACGUUCACUGCAGAGGGCAGCGGUAGGCAAUUGACAGUGCAACGGACGCUGUCCGACCCCUCUUCAGGAGAACCAGCAGCUCCCAGAAACCAACCGCAAGCACCCGCGCAGGAAGACGAAGUUGCUCCUUUAAGGCGAUCCAGUAUCGUGCGUAGGGCUUCGCCCCCUCGAGCAUCGGCUGGAGGAACAACAACCAAGUUCUCUGCCCAGAAUCUAUACGGCCAUAACAUUCGACUACGUUUCCGCUGCCGAUACGUUAGCAACGAUAACCAGCAAAAGUCACCGCGAAAGAGCACCAAGUUGCCUCCUAUUGCCCCCAGCAGCGAGAAGAAGGCAUCUGCCAAGCUUCACUUCAACUUGUCAACAAUCAAACGAGACGCCUCUCACAUCCGACACCCGUGUAUCGCCCUGAGAUCAAUCACAAUGCUCACGCGCGCCGAUAAUUCAGCUAGUGCGUCGACAUUUAAAGACGUUUCGCUGGUUCGACUCUCUAUCCUGGAUCCAGACUUGGCGUUCGAGACUGCCGACACGUUCGGGUACUUCCCACCCAACCCGAAAGAAGUCGUGGACGCAAUCGGCUCCAGAAUGGGGCUGAGCAUGGACUCGUGCGUUGAAUUUUCCUUUCAAGAUGAUCCAGGAGUUUUGACUGGAAGCUGCUCCUCCGUAUCAGGAUCUGGGGCUGACCCCCCUCACAGUCCGAAUCGAGAUCGCCACCUUCCAUUCCCAAGCCCAUGCAGCAUUCGGACAAUACUCAGCGACUUUUUAGAGUUGCGGACGAUCUCGAGGGAGUUCGUUCGCAUAGCUUCGGGCUUCGUGAGUGACCAGACAGAGCACGAACUCUUAGAGAACAUGGCUUCAAUCGAUGGUUCUGCUGCGUUUGCCCGAGAGUUCACACCUGCGAAGUUUGGGAUGCUAAAGUUGCUGGAGCUGGCGCCAAGCUUACAGAUGCCAUUCGAGGUUUUCGUCAAUUUGACACCGCUGCUCAAGCCACGACUGUACUCAGUUGCAAGUUCACAUCUCCAAAAUGACCGGGAGUUCGACAUCGUGAUAGCACUAGGCAAUCCAAAAGAAGCGCAUGGCCUCUCAGUCUCCAACUUCAGACGAAUUCUCUCUCGAUCUGAUGUCCAAGUGCCGCCAACAAGCAGCAGCAGUACUGUGCAACAAGCAGAGUCUGAACCUGUUCCCGUCUUGGCGCUACUGCGCGGAUUCGUGGCCUUCUCGCGAUUUAAAACCCCUGUGGAUAUUGCAGCCCCAAUGAUCAUGAUCUGCAACGGAAUCGGCGUGGCUCCGCUCCGAGCGCUGCUUCAACACCGAGAAAUCGAGUGUGAGUGGAAUCAAGCAAAUCUGGAGCAAAAUGGACAGGGCGGGGGCACAGCGCCAGCACCACUCCAAGUGAAUCCUUCUUGUGGCAAGAACCUGCUGUUCUUAGGGUGCUCCAACGAGUCCUCGCUUCUGUUCGAGUCGGAACUGCGCACUUGGGAGAGCAACGGCGUCGUAGAGCUCCACGUUGCGUAUUCCUCCGAGCCCGGACAGCCGUCAGAGCACGUGCAAGAUCUGGUAUCAGCUCAGAAGGAGCAGAUCGCUGCGCUCAUGUCCAGCUCGCCAGAAGCAAGGAUCUUCAUCUGCGGGAAGAUCGCCAUGGCUCAAGCUGUGCACCAGAUACUCUCGGCGCCUGAUACAUCGUACAACAACAAUUGGUAUCAGAAAGCUCUGCUCAGUGGUCGAUACAUUGAAGGCAUCUUCGGGUGA